GCUGCUCUGUGUGUGGGACUCCACUGACUCUCCAACAAACAAGAUGCAGAACAGGACGGAGAAGUGUGGAGCUCAGCUGCCUCUCUCUGCUCCAGCCAGCAGCUCUCAGCAGCGUCUGUUCAGGAAGAGCAGCACCUACCUGGCUAAGAUCGCUGUCGUCCUCCAAGACGCUCCACACAAGAUGCUCACCUUCACUCAGCUGAUGGAUAAGCUGGCACCACUCAUUUGUGAGGACAGAAAAUCUGUUGAGAACAACAUCAGAGUCUGUUUGUCAGCCAACAAAUGUUUUGUCAAGGUUCCAGUGAUUCCAGAUUCACUGGACAGCAAGAAAAACUACUGGAAACUGGAGCCCAGUCAGAUCACAGCAAAGAUGGCGCGUCGUCACUUCAAAGGGAUCCUGCAGCUCUUCCCUGAGUUGGCCUCCAAAGUGGAAACUGAGAACAUGAGCAGAGCAUCAGAGCACCGCUCAGCUCUCUGCUCUCCUGAGCCUGCGGCCUGCAGAGCUGUUCACAUCACAUGUGAGGUGAAGUUCAGCGGUCCUUUCUCCAUCGAGUCCCUCCUGAAGAGAGACAGCACCUCCGCUCGGGCCUCCGCAGCCUCUCCUCUGUCCGGCGUGCCGCUCGGAGCGGAGCGGCAGCCUCGGGCCACAAAGAGGAACUUCAGCUGGGACUCUGAGGAGCUUCUCCUCCUUCAAGCUGCAGCUGGAAGUUCCUCCAUCUGCUCAACAGGGGGCAGCACACACCACGGACUCACUGCUGAUGGAGCUGCUCGGCCCAUCAAGAGGAUGCAUGUGUGCGCUGAGGCCUCGUUCCCCGUCUACACCAGAGCCAGCACUGCUCCUUAUUUCAGCAGCCCACGCAGCAGUUACAUCACUUACUCUGUACCCACCUUUACCCAUGAUGCUCUCCGUUUGUGGCUGUGA